AUGCGCGCUGCCGCCGCCCCGCCCCUGCCCCACCGGCGUCGGAGGUUGCUGGGGCGGCCCAAGAUGGCGGCGCGCUGGAGCAGCGAGAAUGUGGUGGUGGAGUUCCGCGACGCACAGGCAACGGCGAUGUCAGUGGAUUGCCUGGGACAGCGUGCAGUCCUCUCGGGCCGCCGUUUCCUCUACAUAGUCAACUUGGAUGCACCAAACGAGGGGCACCGGAAGAUCUCCCGGCAGAGCAAGUGGGACAUUGGGGCAGUGCAGUGGAACCCACACGACAGCUACGCCUACUACUUUGCAGCCUCAAGCAAUCAGCGAGUGGACCUGUAUAAGUGGAAGGAAGGCAACGGGGAGGUGUGCACGUCCCUGCAAGGACACACACGUGUCAUCAGUGACUUGGACUGGGCUGUGUUUGAGCCAGACCUGCUGGUCACCAGUUCUGUUGACACCUACAUCUACAUCUGGGACAUCAAAGACACCAGGAAGCCUACAGUCUCCCUCUCUGCAGUGGCUGGAGCUUCCCAGGUCAAAUGGAACAAGAAAAAUGCCAACUGUUUAGCAACGAGCCACGAUGGGGAUGUCCGAAUAUGGGACAAAAGGAAACCCAGCACUGCAGUAGAGUACUUGGCAGCUCAUCUCUCCAAAAUCCAUGGUCUGGAUUGGCAUCCCGACAAUGAGUACACACUGGCCACUUCCAGCCAGGACAACUCUGUCAGGUUCUGGGAUUACCGUCAGCCUCGGAAAUACCUCAACAUCCUUCCCUGCCAGGUUCCUGUCUGGAAGGCAAGAUACACGCCUUUCAGCAAUGGGCUGGUGACAGUGAUGGUCCCCCAGCUCCGUCGGGAGAAUAGUCUCCUCCUCUGGAAUGUCUUUGACUUGAACACACCUGUCCACACUUUUGUGGGACACGAUGACGUGGUGCUGGAGUUCCAGUGGAGGAAGCAGAAGGAAGGUUCCAAAGACUACCAGCUGGUGACCUGGUCCCGUGACCAGACCCUGCGGAUGUGGCGGAUUGACUCUCAGCUGCAGAGGCUCUGCGCUAAUGACAUCCUGGAUGGAGUUGAGGACCUCAUUGAUGGCAUUUCUCAUCUGCCAGAGCCAGACAAGACCCUUCACCCCCAGGACUCAGAGCCCCAGCAUAACUCUGGGCAUGGGGAUGAGGAAGCCUUAAAAGAAGAUUUCCUGAAUGACCCCCUGGUGGGAAAGAAAAGUGACCAGCUGGGGCUGCCUCAAACGCUGCAGCAGGAGUUUUCCCUGAUCAACGUGCAGAUCCGAAACGUCAACGUGGAGAUGGAUGCAGUGAGUCGGAGCUGUACGGUGUCGGUGCACUGCGGCAACCACAGGGUCAGGAUGCUGGUGAUGUUCCCUGUCCAGUAUCCCAAUAAUGCUGCACCUUCCUUCCAGUUCAUCAACCCAACCUCAAUCACUGCUUCCAUGAAGGCAAAGCUGCUGAAGAUCCUGAAGGACACUUCCCUGCAGAAAGUGAAGCGGAACCAGAGCUGCCUGGAGCCCUGCCUGCGUCAGUUGGUCUCCUGGCUGGAGUCUGUUGUGAACCAAGAGGACAGCACAUCCAGCAACCCCUAUGCUCUGUCCAACUCCGUUACACCUCCCCUGCCCACCUUUGCCCGCGUCUCCAAUGCCUAUGGCUCUUACCAGGACUCCAACAUCCCAUUUCCACGGACAUCAGGAGCCAGGUUCUGUGGUGCAGGGUACCUGGUGUACUUCACAAGACCCAUGACCAUGCACCGUGCAGUGUCCCCCACGGAGCCCACGCCCAGGUCCCUGUCAGCUUUGUCAGCCUACCACAGUGGCCUCAUCACCCCGAUGAAGAUCCGCACAGAGACCCCAGGCAACCUGCGUCUGUACAGUGGCAGCCCCACGCGCAGCGAGAAGGAGCAGGUCUCCAUUAGCUCCUUCUACUACAAAGAGAGGAUGUCUCCUCGCUCUGCCCGGCGGCGUUGGUCCAUACAAGCAAUUAACGACUUCCCGAAAUCAAGGAGGUGGAAAAGCAAACGAGAAGGGACAGACACCAACAACCGCCCCAUCAAAGCUGCCGGGAAGGUCAUCAUCCAAGAUAUUUCCUGCUUGCUGCCUGUCCACAAGCUGCUGGGAGAGCUCUACAUCCUGAAUGUGAACAAUAUCCAGGAGACCUGCCAGAAGAAUGCUGCCUCAGCCUUGGCUGUGGGCCGGAGGGAUCUGGUACAGGUUUGGUCACUGGCCAUGGUAGCCACUGAUCUCUGUCUCGGACCGAAGUCUGACCCAGAUUUGGAGAUACCUUGGGCACAACAUCCAUUUGGACGUCAAUUACUGGAGUCCUUGCUGGCUCAUUACUCUCAGCUCCAUGAUGUGCAGACCCUGGCCAUGCUCUGCAGUGUGUUUGAAGCCCAGUCCAGGCUCCAGGGAUGCCCAAACUCCUCCGUGCCCUUUCCUCAGCGCACCUCCAACCUGGCCUCCCACAGCCGAUACCCCAGCUUUACCUCCUCUGGCUCCUGUUCCAGCAUGUCAGAUCCUGGACUUGGCACUGGAGGCUGGAGCAUAGCAAACAAAGACCCAGAGCAGGCCUCCACGCCCUGGUGUGAGUCCUCCCCAGAUGAGUUCCGCUACGGCAACCUGAUGUACCCUGACCACCGGGAGCGGGAGAAGGACCAGCACGAGAAGAACAAGAGGCUCCUGGAUCCUGCCAACACUCAGCAGUUUGAUGACUUUAAGAAGUGCUAUGGGGAGAUCCUCUAUCGCUGGGGCCUGCGGGAGAAACGAGCUGAGGUGCUCAAGUUUGUCUCUUGUCCUCCUGAUCCCCACAAAGGGAUUGAGUUCGGGGUGUACUGCAGCCACUGCCGCAGCGAGGUGCGGGGCACCCAGUGUGCCAUCUGCAAGGGCUUCACCUUCCAGUGUGCCAUCUGCCACGUGGCAGUGCGAGGCUCCUCCAACUUCUGCCUGACCUGUGGCCACGGAGGCCACACCAGCCACAUGAUGGAGUGGUUUCGUACCCAGGAGGUGUGCCCCACGGGCUGUGGCUGCCACUGCCUGCUGGAGAGCACCUUCUGA